AUGGCGGGUCGGACCUUUGCAUCUCUCGCGCUCCUCGCGCGGGUGCUCGCGUCGCCCUACCGCUGUCAGACGGACCCGGACGACGACCUCGUCCUGCGCGGCCGGGACAACGCGACCCACGUCAUCCCGGGGCUCCCGCGAAACCCGUCCGACUACGACUACGCCGUCGAGCGCGCCUUCGUCGUCCUGCCGCCCGUCUGCGUGUCGGAGCUGGGCCUCGAGGCCGACGCCGCGGGCGCGCGGUCCACGGGGCGGCGCUUCUGGGUCGGCCGCGUCGGCGACGCGGCCUGGACCUGGCGGCUCGCGGACUGCGCGUGCGGCUGGGUCGUCUUCCUCCACGGCAGCGGCGGCUUCACCUACGAUAACUGGCGCUACGCGCUCGACCUCGCGAGCGCCGGCUACGGCGUCCUCGCGCCCGACUCCAUGGGCAACGCGACGGGCGCGCGGUAUCGGGAACCCGUCGACGACCUCGCGGAAUCGCUCGCGUCGGACGGCGACUACGCCUACUGGUGCGACGACGAGGUCUACGCCGGCGGCUGCGCGGCCUUCGACGACGCGGACGGCUACCCGCUCUGCUUCUCGAGCGACGGCGACGCCAUCGCGGCGGACCCGGAAUCGUGGGCGUCGUACUACGCCAAGGUCUACGAGCUCCGGCGCCGCGAGCUCUCGCGCGUCGUCGACUGGCUCGAGGCGUCGGCCGGUCCGCUCGCCGACUCGAUCUGGACCGCGGACAAGCUCUUCCUCGCCGGGAGCUCCGAGGGGGGCAUGGUCGCGAGCCGCUUCUACGACGACCGGCUCCACGGCCGCCUCUCCGGGCUCCUCGUGUUCCAGUGGUCCUGCGAGCGCAACUACUUCGCGGCCUGCGGCGCCGCCGAGGCGCCGCCCUGGGCGAUCUGCGAGGGCGCCUGCGACGCGCCGAUCCUCGUGCUCGAGGCCGCGCGGGACCCGUUCUUCUCGAAAAACGACUCCGUCGCGGCGACCGUCGCGGCGGCCGAGGGCUACGCGCUCGCGGGCUCGGCGUGGGCGACGCUCGAGGGAAGCGACGCCCGGCGCGCGACGUCCGUCGUCCUCCCCCAGCGCGGCCUCGCCGCGCACGGCCUCACGGGGCCCUCCGGGAACCUCGUACGGGCCGCGGCGGCCGCGUUCCUGCGAGAUCCGCUGGCGCCGCUGGAGACGCCCCUCGGCCCGGCCGCGGGCCUCUGCCGCCGGACGCGGGCGGGCCGGCGCGCCGACGAGUUCGUCUGCGCGGAGCUCGGCGCGGAGCCGCCCGCGCCGCCCGCGGCGGACUGCUCCUGGCCGGCCGCGCUCAUCCACGGCGUCUACUACGCCGCGGGCGCCCUCGAGGCCUGCGCCGCGCGGCUGCCCUUCCUCGACGACGACGCGCCCGCGGGGGUCGUCCUCGACGAGGAGCCGCCGGCCCGCGGGCUCCCGGGCUGGUGGCUGCCGCUCGCCUUGCUCGCGGGCGUCGCCGCGGGGCGAAGCUCCGUCGCCUGCGGCGACGCGUCCUGCCUCGACACGCGCCUCGACGACGACGGCGGCGUGCCCGCGCCCGUCGCGACGAACGAGGCCGAGCAGGAGCGCAUGAUCGAGCUCGCCGAGGGGCCGGCGCGGGGGGAUCUCGUGUGA